AUUGAUCGGAAUGAUGUGAAACAUCCGUAAACAAUGUCUGCCGAAAGAAAAUUUCUUACGGCUAAUGCAAACGAAAACAACAAAUUUUAUACGAGAUAAUUCACCACCAUUUGUUGUAAAGACGCAAAAUCAUUCUCGACUGUUGUUGGUCUUGCAGACAUUUCUCUGGUUGGAAUUGCGUAGUGGAACUUGGACGUUGGUGCGCAAGAUUUGCACAUGCCGUGCAUUUUAGACCGGCAGCGUAUAAAAUCUUACCAUGACUGUUGAACAACCUGCACUACACCAGCGCUGUCAUACACAGCCAAGAAGUGCGGAAGAGAACUAUGUGUACGCCCAGAUCAAGGAAAUUACUGGUAUAGAUGAUGAGCGUGUCAUCAGGAGGGCCAUAACUGCCUGUCAGGACCGCGAUGGGAAAUAUGAAAUUGAGAAUGUUGUAACAAUGCUGCUUGCUGACGACUUUGUUAAUCCAGCUUUAAAGAAAAAGUCAGGCACAACAGCAGUACCCUCUAUCGUUGUCCAAGAAGAUGCGGCAUCUGAAGUAAAAGCUGGGACGACUACUGUAGAUGCAAGGGCACGCUUGCCUCCCUCUGAGAGGGAAACUACCACACAAGGAACACAAGAGGCUGGCACACAGGGAGCUACAGCAAGGAAAAGUGGAAAUGUUAUAGAUCUGACCAAUGAGAAUGCACCAACCAGUGACCUACACAAAGCCAUUGUUGCCAGUCUCCAAGAUACCCAAGGAAUUCUGGGAGGGCAGGUGUCACGCGAGGAACAGGAUAUAAGCAGAGUAUUGGAGCAGAGUUUAGCUGAGAGUAAGGCUGGUACCAAGAGAAAGCGAGGAGAUAUCUGGUUUGUGGAUCCUCUGAACCCUCACGAGAGGAAAAGACAGGAGGAUUGUCCUGUAGGACUCAAAAACGUGGGCAAUACCUGCUGGUUUAGUGCUGUCAUACAGUCGUUGUUUCAUAUACGAAGGUUUCGUCACCUUGUCCUGAAUUUUCGUUCGCCAAAUGAAUCUGACCAAGGAAAUGGAGCUGAGUCCAGAAAUCUCCGCUUCAUGACAGAACUACGGUACCUUUUUGGGUUAAUGAUCGGAUCUCAUAAGAAGUAUGUAGAUCCUUCUAAAGCUGUGGAGAUACUGAAGGAGGCGUUCUCCUCCUCACCAUCUUCUUCUGGAGUAGGCGAGAGUCAACAGGACGUUAGCGAGUUCCAACAUAAGUUACUGGAGUGGCUAGAGGAUGCUUUUAAAGCUGACACGUCAUGCCCCUCCUCCCCAGAACAGCAAGAAAGUGCUGAGGGAGAUAGCAAUACGAAGAAGAUGAAGAACCCCAUGGUAGAGUUGUUUUACGGACAGUAUCGUGCCGAGGGUACAAAUGAGGGUAAGGGUUUUAGUAACGAUGAGACAUUCGGCCAGUUUCCUCUACAAGUAAAUGGUUUCCGGGACGUUCACGAGAGUUUAGAAGCUGCCACUGCUCCGGGGGUGAUAGAAACCAUCAGUGGUAACACUACGCAAACAUCUGGUCAGGAGCUCUGGUUUACACGACUGCCGCCUGUGUUGACUUUUGAAUUAUCUAGAUUUCAAUUUAAUCAGCAAUUAGGACGACCGGAGAAAAUUCACAAUAAAAUAGAAUUUCCCCAGGUGAUCUACAUGGACAGGUAUAUGUGCUGUAACAAAAUAGAAACAAGACACAGACGAGAACAGGUCAAAAAGCUACGAGAGGAAUUAUCUAUUCUUAAUACAAGGCUUAACAAAUUUAACCAUUACGGGUCGGGUAGUAAGAAGGUGCCACUACAAGAUGUCUUAUCCUAUGCUCUGGAGUUUGCUCAAAGUAAACCAGACCACUUUUCUAGUCUCCCCCAAGAUGUGGAAAUGGAAUCUCCUAAGCCACAAAGUGAUAUCACUAUGGUGACUGAAUCCUCCCCAGUAAAGUCCCCGGGGACUGACGUCACCAUGACCCCUGCAACCCCUCCCCGCCCUCACCGGACGUCAGGAGUAACCUCAAGCCCAGCCCCCCGUCACAUCACAGACGGAGAGCUGCAAGUGUUACAGGAUUGUCUCCAUCGCUGGAGGACGGAAGUCGAACAGGACGUGAGAGAGUUACAGGACAACAUCAACAUACUGGAGGACAAUGUCAACAGGAUGUACAGUGAUGAGGCGAUGCAGAGGUACCCGUACCAGCUCCAUGCGGUCCUUGUCCAUGAAGGACAGGCAGCGUCGGGUCACUACUGGGCCUAUAUCUAUAACACUGCCAAAGACAGGUGGCUAAAGUUUAACGACAUCACCGUGUCGGAAGCUUCGUGGGACGAGCUGGCCAAGGAGAGUGUCGGAGGGUACCACAACGCUAGUGCUUAUUGUCUCAUGUAUGUGGACAAGUCACAGUUACAACAGACAGACCUGGUAGAUAUUGACUUAGUAGGCAAGGAUUUGGACAGUCUACCAAAGGACUUGAAGGAAUCCGUCAUCCUAGAUAACAAGAAGUUUGAGGAGGAAAUCCUUGACUGGGACAACGAUCAGGCGAGAAAAGCUGCUGGAGAAUCGGCAGCCGCAGCUGAACACAAACCAGUAGCUAGUACGAGUACAGUUGCUACCCAGACUGCCACUGUGUUCCACCCGGCUGUACAUGCAUCACUCUCCGUGACGGACACUGCGGAGGCUGUGGCCAGUGUGGUUGACAAGGACGUGUUCAACAUUAAGAACCCGGAGCCAGCCCUUUAUAGUGUGAUUGAGUCUGAGCUUAAGCGAGUGAAACAAGUGGCUAGUUCCCUCCAAACCAAACUACCGAUUGAAGAUGCACGUCUGCAACACCCUUUGGUGUACCUCACAGUCUGUAAGGCAGAAGAGCGUGUUUGUCACCGGAUCAUGUGUGAACAGGUCGCCUACUGUGGUCUACUGGACACAGAAGAGAGGUACAAGGCCUUGAAAAACACAGCACUACGGAUAGUGAAUAAUUACAAUGAUAAGCAUGACCGGGAAAGGUGCCAGCAUUGGCACGAUAGAUAUGACAAGUUCCGAAAGUUAGUGUAUUGGUUUAUUCAAGGUGUUCGCUACUACAAUGAGGAAAACUAUGAGAAAGCAAUGCCUUACUUUCUACACCUUUAUGACCAUAAUCGGAAAUUGCUCAGCGAGUUUGGACGUGAUGGAGGACUCUCUAAGAAGCUUGUAAUGUAUUACAGACGACACUGCAUGCUGAAACUCAACACUGUGAUGGCAGCCCGUUUCCAGGAACAAGACGACGUGACGGAUACCCUUCAAGCGAUGAACACACACAUGUUGCCAUGCCUACAGCCAAUGACUCACUCGUCCUCACAGGAGGAUACGAGUGCCAUGGAGGUGGUGAGGGAAAAGUGGUGUGCCUUUCUCGGGCAGGAGAUCAGUGCUCGGAAAAUUGAGAAGCUUCAAGAUUUCAUGUCAAAACUGUUUGAUCCGCCAAAUGAGACGCGGCCACCUGCCCUGCCGACGGUACAGAUGCAGGACUUGAAAGACUUAUACAGACAAUAUUUGAAUGUAAUAGACAUCGCUGUGAACAGUGGCUUGGUGGAGAAGGCACUAGACAGUCAGUAGGGUGUGCCAUCAGUUAGUGUUAACUUCACUGAAGUGUUAUCGAUAGUAAACCAUUGAAAUUUCAAAUGGAAAAGUUCAUUGGAUUAUUAUCAAAGGAUUUGAGUGUCGUCGCUGAUGAACAAUGGAAGAUUGGUCACUGACUUACCAUGGAAGUAUCGUCACUGAUGAAAAAUGGAAGAUUUGUCACCGACUUACCAUGGAAGUAUCGUCACUGAUGAAAAAUGGAAGAUUUGUCACCGACCUACCAUGGAAGUAUUGUCGCUGAUGAAAAGUUGAGGCUUGGUCAGUUAUGAACGAGAGGUACAUCCUAUAAGGAUUGAAUGCAAUACCAAACCAUUGGAGUUGGUGUUUAACAAAUCAAAAGACAAUACAAACUGGUCAAAAGACAAUACAAACUGGUCAAAAGACAAUACAAACUGGUCAAAAGACAAUACAAACUGGUCAAAAGACAAUACAAAUUGGAUGAUCAUGGCCAAUACACACCACAUAUACACAGCAUACUCUUACUAUUGAAGCUAGUCAGUGGGAAACCAGUGAAGCAAGGCUGUUGAUAACCAGUGAAGUGUGACCAACAACAUGAAAUGCAGAGGUGUGUUAUCGAAAAUCGGUGAAGUGUGACCAGCAACAUCAUCAGUGACAUGUAUAACAUCAUCAAAUGGAAAAGGGUGUGGUCAUAUCUCUGUGAGGUGUGACCAACAUUGAAUGGAAAGGGGUGUGGUCCUAAAUCGUUAAUCAGUGAAGUGUGACUGAUGGCAUAUCAAAGAUUGUGAUAUUUGUUAUUUAUAAAACAUUUGUACCAGAUAGUACAAAAGUAUUUACAUAUAAAAUUUCUUUAUUUGAUGCAGUGAGGUGGAACGCUUAUCUAUAGUUUUUCAUCAAACUUUUUCUUUCAUUUAGACAUAGGUUUUGAAUUAAUUCAAAUUCUCAAUAAGGUAAAAUAUUGAUUACAAAAAUUUAAUAUGUUUUUAGUGAAGUUGUAACUGUAAGUUGAAACUGUUCUUCUUCAAUGAAAACAAAAGUUUCACAUAGUCUCUCUGAACUCCUCAUGAUCAGUAACUUUGGUAGAUUAAAAUUAAAACAGUAAACUCGUGUUUAAAUGCCAAACCUUUUUAAAGGCCCAGUUUUCUUUCCUCUAUCCCUCUUCCUCAAAUGUUAUAAAAUUAAUCGUCAUAUCAUCAAAAGUCGAUGGGAUAAAUAUUGAGCCUGUGAAGACAUCUCAUUAUUCAUAGAAACACACAUAUAUAUAUUUUCUAGUUAUACAUGGAUGGAAGAAAUUUCUCAAUGAAAUUUUUUUUUUUUAAAGUGUUGUUUUUCCUCUCUGUCGUUCUAUAUUUAGCCUACAGAUGGUGAAUUGUUUAAGUCGAGUAGGCACAACAUCACUGGGAAUGGUAUAUUGUUUUAUUACUGACCUAAUUACAUGCAUGCCAGUAUUUGCCUGUUUUCUCGUAAAGAAUACUUAUACAAUUAUGUUUUAAUUGAAAAGUACGACUUUUUCAUUUAAGUUGUCAACUCUUCUGUUAUGCUACAAACGUAAAUGAAGUUGAUAUUUUAAAGGAAAUUUGAGUUUUUGUUUCCUCUGUAAGUUUGUGAGAAUCUUCAAUGAUAGUUUUGUUACAUUGGUUGAUCUCGAUGAACCAUAUUCCUCAAACAACCUUUCUGUGUUGAUAAGUAUACGUAGUAGCCUGUAUGUUAUUUUUAUUUUCAUAGUGAAGUUGUACUGUCAGCCCUCAUGAUCAGUCAUCACAAUCUAGCUAUACAAUGGUCACCAUUUUUAUAGCUGAUUCACAUUAAAUACAGAGAGUACAUCUGUGUGACAGUGAUAUAUAAUUAAUUGAAACAUAUUAACUAUUAAACUUUUGAUAUAUUUU